AUAAGCGCUAUGAAUAAUGACUCCUUCUUUUAUUAAAAUCUUUUUGAUUAAGUAACGGAAGAAAUCUGUUUGUUUUUGUUUUGUUUUGUUUUCGCAAAAAUCGUAAUCACUAAGAUAUUUGUGUAUGUGAAUGUUGGCCAUCUCUUAAUAACACAACAAAUAUGGCGAACCGUACAGUGAAGGAUGCGAAGUCGGUGCGAGGAACGAACCCGCAGUACCUGAUCGAGAAGAUCAUCAGGUCGCGGAUAUACGACUGCAAGUACUGGAAGGAAGAAUGCUUCGCGCUGACGGCGGAGCUGCUGGUGGACAAGGCGAUGGAGCUGCGCUUCAUCGGGGGCGUGCACGGCGGCAACAUCAAGCCCACGCCGUUCCUCUGCCUCGUGCUCAAGAUGCUGCAGAUCCAGCCCGAGAAGGACAUCGUGGUGGAGUUCAUCAAGAACGAGGAGUUCAAGUACGUGCGCGCGCUGGGCGCCACCUACAUGCGGCUGGUGGGCUCGUCCCUGGACUGCUACAAGUACCUUGAGCCCCUCUUCAACGACAGUCGCAAACUGCGGCGCCAGAACCGACAGGGCCAGUUCGAGCUGGUGCACAUGGACGAGUACGUGGACGAGCUGCUGCGCGAGGAACGGCUGUGCGACAUCAUCCUGCCGCGCGUGCAGAAGCGCCACGUGCUGGAGGAGAACAACGAGCUGGAGCCCAAGCUGUCCGCGCUGGAGGACGACCUGGACGAGGGCAUCGAGUCGUCGGGGGGGGAGGAGGAGGACGCGCGCGGCCCGGAGCCGCCCCCGCUGCUGGAGCAGCGCUGGGCGCCGCGCCCGCGCGAGGACAAGCGGCGACGUAGCGCCGAGCGCGAGCGCCUGCACCGGCGCAGCCGCGAGCGCCCCCGGGAGAGGGGGGAGAGGAGGCUGCGGCGCAGUCGCAGUCGCGAGCGGCGACACCGCUCCCGGUCGCCCGGCACGCGGCGCCUCCGCGUCGAGAUGGAGCGCGAGCGUCGCAUGGAGAUGGAGCGCGAACGUCGCAUGGAGAUGGAGCGGGAGCGUCGCAUGGAGAUGGAGCGGGAGCGUCGCAUGGAGAUGGAGCGGGAGCGUCGCCGGGAACGGGACAUGGAGCGUCCGAGGCGGCAUCGAGAAUUCUGAACCUCUACGCUGGUCCCUUGCACGUCGGACCGACUCGGAAACUGGCACCUUGCUGCUAGCGGAGGUGUGUGGUUUCCGACGCAGAAACAAAAACUCGAUUGUUUUUAUGACAGACCAAAACAGCACUAUGUGCAUUUCAGUACUUUGUAUUUGCUGUUUUCGUACGAAUAAUAUGGCACGUAAGUUAAUGUACAUGUACAUCAUGAUAUUAUUUAUUUUUUGAAGGUGUCACAGUGAAUAUGUCGAGCACUGGAACUGUUCAUCAUGCUGUUAUGAUUUAUUUUUAACACCAAAACCAAACUUAUUUUUUUUCAGAAAAAAAAACUACUAAAAUAUAGCUGUUGAAAGUAAAUAUUUUCAUAGUUUAUGUUUGAUAAUUAAAACAAAAUAUUAAAUUCUAACUUGGAGAUAAAUUUAUUAAUGUAUUUUAGCAAUUUUUUAAGUUCUUAUCUAAAUCAUGUAUUCAUAAUCUAGGAACAAGUACUAUCAUCACAGAUACCUAAAUUAUUUUAUACUCAGAAGUCAUUAUUUUUACUGUCUGUAUUGUUAAUAGCAGCAAAUUUUGACUGCUGAGUUUUAGCAAUAACUGAUUGUUUCAUACAGUAGUCCACCAAUACAGACUUCCCAAGUGUCUAUAGCUGGUUUCUGUUAAGCCACAAAUGUAGUGUGGAAGCAAGCCAAACUGUCAGCUAACGUCCUAUUGUCAAGACUAAUAUAUCUUUUUAAGAAAUUACAGUUUGUAAGUUUAAAUUUCUUAGUUUAAAUACAAACAUCUGCACCACCGGUAGGUUGAACAGGGCCAAUCCCACCACUCCCAAAACAGUAAAUUUUCUGACUGCUUGGUUAUGAUGUUCUCCAAGCGCUGCUGAUGAUCAGUUGCACGAUCCUGCCGAGAUCCGGUGAUCUUGGUCCAAGGAUCAUUGGGGAAUCAACCCUCUAAACAUUACGCCAAUGUUCUGAAGUUGUGUAGUCUUUACCCACGAGCCAGAGUUCAUACAAUCGCAAACUAUGUGGCAACAAUUUUUGAAGGAACCGUGAUGUGUUUCUGUUGGUGGGCUGGAAUAACGUAAAGUCGCUGCUAUUGAUUGUGCGACAUGAGAUAGUGGCUCUUGUGGUUACUGCUUCGUCUCUUGAUUUUAGACAGUGACUGAAAAACACAAUCACCUCUGUUACCAUACAAAAUAUUUUGAAGUAAGAAUAGAUCCUGCUAAAAAUUCUCAAUUUAAUAUGAUGAAAUUGAAAGCUUUAUUAAAGUAUUUUACAAAUAUAACAAAGCGUUUCAAAUAAUUAAUUAUUUCAUAAGCGAUUUAAUUGUGAUGCAAGAAAAACCAGUAUUUUUCAUACCUGUAUUACAUAGGAACUGAAAUAACUCUAAUGGUGCAGUUGGGCCCAAAAUGGGCUCCAUAAAGUAGAAACCAAGCCCUUACUGCACGGAACAAGUUUCAGUGCUACAGUAAGGCAGGCAGCAUUGAGCACGACAGUUGUAACACUUGUAGUUAUUGUGCAUUGUAAUAAACUUAUGAGUUUAUGAAUACUGUUAGUAAGGUAAACUAAUGUAUAUAUUUGUAAAUUUUGCUUAGUCUGGAUGUCCAAAAAAAAGUCCUGAAAGUACAAAAACACUUUGUGUGUGUGUGUGUGUGUGUAUAUACAGUGUUGUAAAAGAACUCUGAAAAAGUAAUUGGGCUCAAUUACAAUUACUGUGGUGAUAAUGUAACUAAUUACAAGUAAAAAUUACUUUACAUAGAAGUAAUCAGUAAAAUUACAAUUACAAUUACUUUCCGCUACUAUUUUGAAACUGACCUAUGAUUCAAUUUUUUUUACACUUUGUUACAUCAAUAAACAUACAUACAUAUAGGGUAGUUCCAGGAGAGAUGGACCAUGUUUUUUGUUUUAUACAUUAUUAUGAAUAUUUUUGUUCAACGACAUAUAUUAUUAGUCCAAAUGAAGCGCAGUGAAGUUUCCUUUACGUUUUGGGAUAUAAGUAUGUUGAAUCUGAAUAUUUUGUAUAACUUUCACUCUUUUAAAAAAAAGGUUGCAUGGUCCAUCUAUCCCACAGUCCUGUGGGUGAGAUGGUCCACAUGGUAUGGGAUAGAUGGACCAGGAAUUAUAAAAUUUUAUUAGAAAAUUACAGUUUGCUAAAUACAACAUUUCACUUGUUUAACUUUUUUAAUACAAUAAAGGCAUUGCUAGGGACAGUAACAAAAUAUUAAAUAUGAUUUUAAAACAAUAGUAAAAAUAUUAUUUUAGUGACUAAUUUCAGCUGAAAAGGAAAACGGCAUUAAAAAUUACAGUUAACUAUCAAUCAAACUAAAAUCUAAAUAUUAAAAUAUUGUGUUUCCAAAUGAAAUAUUCACUCUGCCCUAUGCCUUCCUUUUAGUAAUUUUUUUCCACAUUCGUGACACACAUUUUCAUAUUGACUGCAGCCUUCAUGAAGCCAAUAAUGACACAUUACACACUGAAAACACUCGUCGCACAUUUGUGUUUUGUUAUAAUCUUCUCUGCAACCAACACAUUCAUUUUCAUUCCACUCUUCUGUUAGACCAUCCUCACUUUCAUCAUUUAGAACUGGAGGGUCUUCACUUUCCGAUGAAUGAGGCAGACUUGAAUUUCCUUUAUUUCUUCUUCCUCUUCUCGUAGAAAAAUUGAUUUUCUUCUUCUUUUGCAUGAUGUGUCCUCCUUAUGUUAAAUUUGGCCUGUUUUUGUUCUCUUUUGUUUUUGUUCUUUUACUUGUUUGCAUUUUUAUCGUUCUGCUCUUUUGUUCAAUUUCUUUUCUUGCUCUUUUUUGUUUUUUUUUCUUCUCCUUUAACACUGCUACGUUUUCAGGAGAGUUGAGAAUUUUGGCUAGAUGUGCUGGUUUACCACUUCGUCGUAUUAAUUUAGCUUUCGUUACCAAGGGCACUGGAGAAAUAUCACACAACAUUUUACUGGGUGUUAAAUCUUUCGACGAAAUGUUUUGCGGUAUCUUUUCAGGUGUAGCAACAAUGCAUCUUUUUACGUAAGCUUUCUCACUAUCGGAAAUCCCAAGGGACGGUGAAAUGUUCUCUGUUGAGGUCCCUGGAAGAGAAGUUUGAGAAGUCACAGGCAAAUAGGAGAGGUUCUCUGUCAAAGAUCCUGGAAGAGAACUUUGAGAAUUUCCUUGGAAAGACGAAAUAUUCUCUCCUGAAUUUACUACAAAACAUGUUCUAGAACUGAUGACACUUUCUUCACUUGGCGUAUCAACAUGUUCAGUUUCUGGCUGGGUCCCAUCUGAAGUUAGGUUCUGCCCAUUGGUGUUUGUAAGAAAAGCAUAUUCUGGGAUUACAUUAGGGUUGAAAGUUAUAAUUCCAGUAGCUCUAAAGGCAGAGAUGCCAUUUUCAACUGAUGCUGACUUGUUCCAGGCAGCACUCAGCAUUUCUCCGAACUGUAGCCUUGUUAAUUUUCUUGAAGGAUUGUUUGCCAUGAAGUUGUUGCAUGCCUUAAAGUAGUAUGACUUCAGAAACUUAAAAAAUACCCGGUCUAAUGGUUGGAGCCAAUGUGUUGUGUGGCUUGGGAGACUCAACAAAAUUAUUCUGUUGCUCUCUGCAAAUUCAAACAUUUCUGUGUUGCUAGUGUGUGAUGUAUGGCCAUCUGCUAUUAGCAGAACAUAUCCUUGUGGUUUUCUUGGGGUGAAAUGGUUUCGAAGCCAAUCAAAAAAAAAUUUCAGAAUUUACAUAGGCUUAUUUUUGUGACAUCUUAACCACAGAUCCCGGAGGCAUUCCAUCUGUGUGCUCGUCUUUAGAGUUCUUGCCCUUGAAAAUACAAUAUGGAGGAAUAAAUGAACCUUCUCCAUUCACACAUGCCAGAAUUGAUAUGGUUUCACCCUUUUCACCCGAUGUGAUCAAAUAUACAUUUCGAGAACCUUUUUCUGCGAUAACUUCUCCAGGCUUAUUGUUUAGUGGCAGACCCGUUUCGUCCAUAUUGAAUAUAUGCCCGGGCUUACCAAUCAAGUGGUAUUCAGACAUUAACUCUUGAAGCAAAUCAAAAUACUCCGUCACAGAAACUUUAUUCAUUCCCAAAGCUCGAGCUGCUGACACUCCUGCAGCUUUUCUGACAGUGAGAUCUGAAUGCCGAGAUAAAAAUGAUUUUAGCCAGUCGUAUCCUGCCAUUUGUUUUUCUCUGUCAAAUUUGUGGCUAAUUUUCAAGCGUUCUGCCAAGUGAAAGGCCAUCAAUCGAACACUGUUUCUUGUUGGUGCAAAUCCAUGCUUUUGAAUUUUUUUAAUGUGCUCAGCCAUUUUUCUUUCAUUUUCUUCACCUAAUAUAGAUGAUCUCUUCGUGACAUUAUUGGAUCGCAGUCUUCGUUUUAGCGUUUUUUGGGUAUACCAAAAUUUCUGGCAGCCUCAUUUACACCCAUCAGCUUUUUACCAACAGCAUCACCCGCUCUAUGUAGACUCUCCUCUGUCCAUAGGUUUCGAGUGGAAAUGCCUUUACGCUGGUAAAAUGUUGGCAUUUUUCUGGGGGGGGGGGGGGGAAGGACCCAAUAAAUUAACUACUAUAGUCUACUGAUAAAAUUAGUAAAAACAGCAUGUCUCAUGGUUUUAAGAACACAUAGUUUAAAAAAAUACAUUAUUUCAAUUCACAUAAGGGUUUAUUUGUGUACAAUUUCCGAAGCAAUGCGCCUAGCUGCUGUAACAAUAUUAAGGAAAACAAACCACGGUGCCCUAAGUACCACAAGUAUCUAUAUCUGUGUGUAUAAUUUUCUGACAAAUGUGUUAAAUUACUGUAUUCAUUGCUAUUAUAAUUAAAAUAGUAAAAUGUUUGCCGGAGAA